AUGGGAGCGAAAGUACCGCGCAACUUUCGUCUGCUAGAGGAGUUGGAGAAGGGCGAGAAAGGCUUGGGUGCUGAGGCAUGCUCGUACGGCCUAGACGAGGGCGAUGAUCUUCUCAUGACCAACUGGAACGGCACCAUUCUUGGUCCACCCCACAGCGUCCACGAGAACAGAAUAUACUCCCUCAAGAUCAUAUGUGGAUCAAACUAUCCAGACUCACCACCAGAGGUCACUUUCAUCAGCAAGGUCAACCUUCCGUGCCUCGAUCAGCGUACUGGCAAGGUCGACCUCACGAAGCUUCCAACACUCAGCACAUGGAAGCGCGACUUCACCAUGGAAACGGUGCUCAUCGAGAUCCGACGAUACAUGGCUGCACCAGCGAACAAGAAGUUACCUCAGCCACCUGAAGGAACAAACUUCUAA